GUCUCCUCUCGCAGUAUAUAAGGCCACCGUCUCCCUCCCAACUUUUAAUUUCCCCUUAACAACUCCAUUCCCCUGAAAAAAUCCGCAAACCCAAAAGGUUUGGUUACAAGCUGUGAUCACGAGACCGGGUUUGAUUAAGGCCGGCAACCUUGGCUAGCUCACUGGCCAGGCUGGAGAUGGAGCACGACGUGCACCACCACCACCACCACCACCAGCAGGCCAUGGAGCUGCCUCCGGGCUUCCGGUUCCACCCCACCGACGAGGAACUCAUCACGCACUACCUCGCCAGGAAGGCCACCGACCCCUGCUUCGCCUCCCGCGCCGUCGGCGAGGCCGACCUCAACAAGUGCGAGCCAUGGGACCUGCCAUCUCGGGCGACGAUGGGGGAGAAGGAGUGGUACUUCUUCUGCGUGAAGGACCGCAAGUACCCGACGGGGCUGAGGACGAACCGCGCCACAAAGUCCGGGUAUUGGAAGGCCACGGGCAAGGACAGGGAGAUCUUCAGGGGCAAGGCCCUCGUCGGCAUGAAGAAAACGCUCGUCUUCUACACGGGAAGGGCCCCUAGGGGCGGCAAGACCGGCUGGGUCAUGCACGAGUACCGCCUCGAGAGCAAGCACGCCACGGCCGCCUGCAGCAGCAACAACCUCGCCUCGAUCGAGUCUGCCACAUCCAAGGACGAGUGGGUGCUGUGCAGGGUGUUCAAGAAGAGCAUCGAGCCGCCAUCAGUGGCCGGCAAGAGAUCAGGCGCGUGCAUGGGAAUGGCGGACGUAGGACCCUCCAUGUCCAUGGCGGACGACUUUGCCGCGCGCGUGCUGCCUCCGCUGAUGGACGUGUACGGCGGCGGUGGCGCCACCUCAUUCUCGGCGGCGUCGGCGUCCAUCGAGCUGCCGCCACAGGCGCCACACGUGACCUGCUUCUCCAACUCUCUGGAGGGCCAGUUCCUGAACCCACCCUUCCUCCCCCCCUCUGCACCCGCGGCGGCCAGCGCGGCACAGGGCGCCGUCGCCGCGGACCACCUCGCCAUGGCCACAGCCUCGCCGUUCUUGGCGAGCAUGCAGAUGCACUACGACGGCGCCGCGGGCGGCAUGGUGUACGAGCUCCUGAAGGAGGGCGGCGGGUGGUACAGCAAGCUGGCCGGCGAGAGGGAGAGGCUGAGCGGCGCAUCGCAUGACACCGGCCUCACCUCGGAGGUGAACCCCGCCGAGAUAUCGUCGCGGGAAAAACACAUGGAUCACGAGGCCUCCCUUUGGGGCUACUGAAACCUCUUGUGCGGUCAUUAAAUUUGCAUUAGUACUAGUCACCGGAUUGGAAAAGAGAUUUGUAUUGUACUGUUGAAUACUGUUACACGAAAGAAAAAUAUCGUGAGCAAAGUUUGCUUGUAUAGUAGACUCUAGAUUUGGUUUACUGUUACCACUGUAAUUGGGUCAUUUGGAACACGGGAAUUCCGUGGUAAUCCUGUAAGAACUGCAGCAUCUUUUAGUCAUGAAUGUCCUAUUUAGAUCAAUAUAGUAAUUAUGCGGAUAUUGCAUUU